AUGAUUGUUGAAAAGACGCCUGCAAAGUUGGAGACGAGUACUGGCGAAACAAUAGCUGGACCAACGGUUUCCCUGAAUGAUUUGCAAGUGCUGAACAAAUCCGAUGAUCAUGAAAUGAAAACCCUCAAGACUCCUGACGUUCCAGCAGAGCUGAUUGUGAGCUUCACCUCUGAGCAAAGUGUAACUGAGAAGAGUCCGGUCAGUCCCGUCCCCACAAAGUCUUUUUCUGCCAAACGCAGGAGGGCUACAGAUUGUCCAGAGUUAUCUCCUCUCACAAAAAAACAACAAAGGAAACUACUUCAAAAACAUUCCAAAAGUAAAAAAGAGGCAAGUAAACCAUCUUUUGAGACUCCCGGGUUACAAAAACUAAAAAAACCUUCUGAAGAUGAUCGGCUCAGUAGUCAGGCUGAGGAAAAAACAGGAGCCUCAAAUAUAGAUUGGGAGAAGCUCAGAAGGUGGGUCAUGAAAGGGCAAAACGUUACAACUAUUACUGUUGAAUCAGUAAACGCAGAGAAGACAAAUCCAGAAAAACGGACAUUGCCUGGCGCCAAUGUGAUAGACCUGGAAGCUCCCCUGAGACAGAAAUCUGAGCGUUGGAACUUAAAGCCAGUCAUUAGUGAAUGCGGUAGAGUCUUAGUUCCUCACGGUUUGAGGGAUCUGCCAUCUUUCAAGUCUUUCAAAGAGACGGCAAAUGUUGAACAGUUCCCAAGCCCUACAAUAGCUCCUGACGCGGCUGAAAUAGAGGAGCAGCCCAGCGUGUUUCCAGAACUGGCAGCCUGUGGGAUGGAGGUAAUGGAAUCCAAGACAGGAAGUCCAGACCAAAGCACAGUUCAAGACUCUGAGGACGGUGACGAUCCAGUUCAACCAGAAGGUGUUCAUGAACACACUGGUCCUACCUAUCAUGAUCAGUGCACUACAAAGCAUGAACCGACAUGCAUCCUCACGAGGAGAAAGACAUCAAAACACCACCUCGAUUUAAAUGAAAAUUCAAAAGAUCUGACUGCAGAGACAGGUCCUUCUUUGAAGAAAAACAGAUUUGACCUCGACGUGAUCAUGAUUCCAACUGACACCGCAGUGGCAAUUGAGCAAGACUCGACGGUGCAGUCGGUCAACCCCGAAGAAACGACAAAUACGGUAGAGCAAAGCAGGGUGGACGACCCUCAAAAAAGGGAAGGCUUGUUGGAGACCCAAGGAGACAAAGGUCAAAUCAUCAGCAGGCCUCCAUCCAUUUACCCAAAGUGGAAUAGGAUUAAAACACUCAGGAAGCACUUAGACAUCUCGCGGGAACACUUUAAAAAGACAUGGUGGAUGCACUUCCAACCCCCAUCUCGCGCCAGUCAAACUCUCAAAGAGUGUGCUCGGGUUUAUUCUCUCAGGAAGAAAACGCCAAUCUCAAACUCAUCGACAGAUGCUUUAAAUUUACUCGCUGAUCUGGCGCUGGGGGCCACGAGUGAGCAGGUUCCGUCACAAUCAGACCAAGAAGUUGAGAGGCAGUCCCAGUCAGGUUUGAGGAAGAAUGACGAGCCCAAAGAUGUUACCAGUGCUGGUGAAGUUUCAGUUCUUUAUACUCUGCUAGGGCAGCCUGUCACGAGAGUCACAUCAUCACCAAGCCCUCUCGUGGAAGGCACUGCGUUGGUUAGUUUGUUGUGUAAAGAACAUGGUUACUCAUUACCCCUGUCUGCCGCUAUACCCUCUGGUUUACCGGGUACACCCUUCCAGGUGUCCCCUUUAAGUGGUUCUACUGGAUUGCUGCACAGGCAACAUGGUAUUCAGACACCACAGAACUCAGAUGAUCUGGAAGACACAAAUUGUGUGCCCUCAGACCACCUAGGGAAAUGGAUGAAUUUGUUCAAGCGCUAUCGCAGUUUUGUUUCUAAAGGUGAAUCUGUCCAAGUGACACGGCAAUGGAAGGAAAAGUAUGACUUCAAUCGAGACAGCAGGUUUUCAAGCGACCCAAAGGACCGAACCGUCAUCCGAGCCUUGCAUGGUCCAUGGGAUUUAUCUAGCCAAGACACCAGCGAAGACAUGCAGCUCAUUGUCAACAUGUGGAUUAGUUUCUUCUACAGCCGCUCAACAGCGAGGUUCGUUGACAUGGGCUCAGACGUUGUAAACCCCCAUUCAAAUGAGUGUAAGCAUUCAGAAGCAGAGAUUACAACCCGGGCUCAGUCUGAGCUCGGCGAGGAUCAGUUUGCUCUUCCACCAGGUGUAGAAGAUACUUCAAAACGUUCCGUUUCUAACGCUUCGGACCUCAGCGGGACCUCCUCUUUGGAUCGAGAAUCUGAAAUUCUGGACUUGUCUCUUGAGAACCCUAAUCGAGUACAGUUUCUGUCAUCAGAUCGUCAAGUCAAUAGAACAGAAGCAUUUAACUCGCCCGGUUCACUUGACUUGGGCUCUAACCUUACAAACCCACAUUCAGAGAUUACAGCCCUGGCUCAGUCUAAGCCCAAGGUGGAUGCAUUUACUUCUCCAGUGGAUGUAGAAGAUACUUCAGAACAUUCCGUUUCUAACACUUCGGACCUCAGAGGGACCUCCUCUUUGGAUCGAGAAUCUGAAAUUCUGGACUUGUCUCUUGGGAACCCCAACAGAGUAGCGGUUCCCCCUUCAGAUCCUCAACGCAACGGUACAAAAGCAUCUGACUCACCCAGUUCACCAAUAGGACUAAAAGAGGCACCAGCAUUUCAGAGUGACCAAACCACGAUUCUCUCUGCAGAGACUCUGAAUAAAAGCAGCAGCAAGUGCUGUUGGACUCUUUCACAAGACGCUGGCUGCCUGCAGCACACUGAGGCACCCUCUGGAAAAGAGGAUGUAAAUUACGUACAAGGAGAGCUUGAGAUGGUUUCAGUUCAGACAGAGGAUCGCAGCAGUAUUGUUGGAAUGGACCGUGUGUUACAUAACUCUAACAGAGACAAGACGGAUUUAAAAGGUGGCUCUGAAAAUGCAGACCCAACAGAGCGGAUCGGGUUGUUCAAAUGUGGAAGAUUUUCAUCUUUUCCAGAAAGAGGGCUCUACAAAGAAGCAAGUGAUGCAACUCCUCCAGUGCUUCAAAUAGAAUACAAAGAAUCAGAUCAAUUCUGCAACAGAAAACUCUCGGCAAGGGAACAACCAGAAGCAGACCAGGCUGAGAACCUAAAAUUCACACAGCAUUCUUGUCGCGGACAUAAUCACUCGGUAAAAGGAUCAGAUGGGAAGGAUAACUGCAAUUCUGCAUUCACUGCGGAAGAUGGUGAUUUGAGCGAUCAGCCGGUAUUUAUUGUCUUUGACAGUGACGAUUCAGAAUUGGAAGAUCACAGUGCAGAACCUAAUCGCAGAGAUUAUUUCGAGAAACAGCUGCUCGAGACUGACGUUGAAUUACAGUCGAGAAUGGUGUGUCAAAAUAAAGCGAUCACAGAUCACGCUGUUUCGGGAUACACUUGUGUUUCGGUGUCAGAAGUGGGUAUUACUCAUAAUGCAUCAACAUCUGAAAUUCUCUCUCUGGUAACCCGCAAGAUGGAAGGAAUUACUUCCCAAACAAUGUCCAGUGUUGAAAGAGAAAGCCUGAACAAAGCAAGGGGUACGUUCUCUUUUGGUGUAGGUACUGGUGGAGACGAGAAGGUGGCUACCAUGGCUCCAAAUCAUCAACAACCUCAUUUAAUUCAGUGUGAAACUGUAAAACACUCAGGAUCUGAUCUACAAUUAGAUGAAAACAGAAGAGAUAAGGUUCAAGAGAUCCCCUGCGGGGUGAUCAUUCCAUUGAAGAGCUUUUCUGGAAAAAAUACUACACCCACAGACCUGCAGGGUCAGGUUGAAGUGGUUGUUCGUAACCACACAGGAACCCCUUCUCCCAGAAGCAUCCCAAAACUGUCGCUUUGCAGAGUCUCAGUGCUUAAGGUUGGUGAAACCAGCCAGCCUCAUAUUGUAGCCGGUACUGAUGGGACCAUACCUGUCACAGGAGAUGAAACGGUGUGUACCAUAGCUCAACAUCAACAAAAUCAUUUAAUUCAGUGUGCAACUGUAAAACAUUUAGACUCUGAUGUGGGAUUAAUUGAAGAAGGACGCGAUAAGGUGGAAGAAAUCCACUGUGAGGUGAAAAUCCCCUUGCGAGGCUUCUCGAGUAAAAAUACUACACCCACAGGCCCCAUGAAUCAGGUUGAAGGGACUGUUGGGAACCAUACAGAAACUGAGUUUGUCAUAGCAACCACUUCUCCCAAAAGCGUCAUAGAACUGUCACCGCGCAGAGUAUCAGUGCUUAAGGUUGGUGAAACCAGGCAGCCUGAUAAUGCAGGCGAUACUGAUGGCACCAUAUCAGUUGAGGGAGAUGAAAAGGUUACUGCCAUAGCCCAAACACAUCAACAAAGUCAUUUAAUUCGGUGUGAAACUGUAAAAAUUAGUGGAACUAAUGUGGAAUUAAUUGAAGAAGGAGAAGAUAAGAAGGUAGAAGAAAGCAACUGUCGGGUGAUAAUUCCCUUUAGGGGCUUUUUCAUAGGAACUGGUUCACCCAAAAGCAUCCGAAAACUGUCACCAUGCAGAGUAUCUGUGCUUAGGGUCAGUGACACCAGCCAACCUGAUGCUGCAGGAGGUAGUGGUGUUACCCUAUCAGUUGAGAGAGGUGAAAAGGUCGCUACUAUACCCCGAAAUCAUCAACAAAGUCAUUUAAUUGAGUGUGAAACUAUAAAAGAUUUAGAUUCUGAUGUGGAAUUAACUGAAGAAGGACAAGAUAAGAAGGUCAAAGAUAUCCACUGCAUCGUUCCCCUAAAGGGAUUUUCCAGAGAAAACACUACACCCACAGAGCCCCAGAGUUUGGUUGAAGAGGCUGUUUGGAACCAGAGAGAAAAAGACUUCUUCAUCAGAACUGGUUCUCCCAAAAGCAUUCUAGAACUGUCUCCAUGCAGAGCAUCCGUGCUCAAGGUCAGCGGAACCAGCCAGCCGGAUAUUGCUGAAGGCCGGUCGGACAACAUUGCUGUUCCUACAACUUUGGAUGAUAAACCGAAAUCAGUAGGUAGCGCUAAUCCUUGUAACGAAGUCUGUUCAGAUGUUCCUCACCCUAGGAUUCUACAGAAGAUCGACACAAACUCGAGCCCAACUGACAAAUGGAGUCAGAUUGAAUCAACCAAUAUUACGCCCACGCUUGGUCAACCUUCAAACUUGAAUGACACCAAGGACAAAAAUGCAAAGCUAGCCCAGUCAGCGUCUACCUCACAAAGCUUACGAUUUGAACCUUCGGAUCGCUUGGUUGUUAUAUCCCAGUUAAAAAGCAAACCAGAGCAGUAUUGCUUGGAUAUACCAACUUACAGGAUGAAAUUAUGGAAAACAAAAUGCAGAUUCUACAUAUUAGUAACAUCGGGGGAUGCCUUCUUUGAAGAAACAAAGGCAUGUUUAGAAGCAGCGGGUCAUACAGCUGUACAGCCAGACCAGUUCUUCCUCUAUGAAGAGCAUUUGCCUUUGCUUAUCAUUGUCAAGAAUGAAGACAUCUCUGCGCACCUUUCUCAGGUUCCACAUCUACUCGAGCUGAAAAAGUUGCCGGACGUGCUGUUUGCCGGCAUUGACGAACCGCACGAUCUUGUAAAUCUCACCCAUCAGGAACUCUUUCUCAGCGGCGGCUUUGUGAUGUUUGACAGGUCAUCGCUGGAAUCCCUCAGCCUGGACGAGGUGAAAAGAUUCUUGGAGGUCGUGCAAGAGCUGAACAAAACGGGGAAGUGGAAGUGGUUGUUACACUACAGAGACAGUCGACGAUUCAAAGAGAAUGCAAGGUUCAGUGCAGAGGCGGAAGAGAAGAAGCGCUUCUUUAGCUGGUCCCAAGAAACGGGACUAUGCUCAGUCUUGCCAUAUCAUGAAUGUGACGCCAAGUCCAGGGAUCAGCCUGACUAUCUUGCGUGUCUGGUGCACUUGCAGGAUCAGAAUAUUGCAGCACGUUUCCCUGUGUUUGUAACUGAUAUAAGAACCGUUAAUGAAUUUGAGAAGAAUGGAAUUCUGACGACAACCGUUAACUCUUUCCUGAUGCAUUUUUCUACUUGACGCAUGUCCUUGCCUGACCUCAUCUGUUGUGCGCACUUGCACUUGGCAACACAAUGCAAACAAUAAACCUCAUUUCUUAAUUCACUGAAAACAUACUACCUUUAGUCGAGGAGCAUUUUUAUAUGCGGUACAAAAUGUUGCUGUUUUGUUAUGCCGGUUUUAGUAUUUGCGUUUUUCUAAUAAUACGACAGUACCGUUGUAUGAUUUAAAUUGGGAUUCUAUAUUUAACGGUUUGUAAAAGAUGUUUAGUAUUUUUCUGACUGUUUAUGUGUCUGUCUAAAUUAAAAAGCAGCAAUCUGUAUAAGAUAUAUUUUGACUAAUGUCAUUGAAAUUAUGUAAUAAAAGAAACAUAUACUGUA